GCGCGGCCCGACUCGGGUCGGCCAUAUUGGAUGCCGCAGCCGCUGUUGCCAGCGCUUCCUCCUCUGUCUUCGCCGAGCGCUGCUGGUUCCUGCGGCCCGAGCGGUGGGGAGGUGAAAAAGGAGCCCGUCGGAGGCAGGGAAAGAAGGGGGUGGAGAGUGUAGGGGACUGGGCUAGAGGGUGGGGGACCGAGACGGAGCGGAGCGGAGAAAAGAAGGCGCCGCGGCCCAGCCCCUCCCCCGCCCGCCGCCGACCCGCCCCGGCAGCGCCUCUGUUCCCCAGAACGGCGCUCCACCCGCCCUAGCGGCCAUGCCGGGGCCGCGCUGCCCCUGAGGGAGCCCUUCCCCUCCAGCGCGUGCCCUUCCACUCCAACCCGAGGUCGCAGCGACCCGCUCUCCCGCCGGCGCCCCCUCCUCACGGCCACGCAGCCGCCUGCGUCUCGCUCUCCCCACCCAGUGCAGUGGCCGCCGCCUCUUCCGCCGCCGGGCUCGGGGCCUCCGCAGCGACAACAUGGAGGCCGUGAAGACUUUCAAUAGCGAGGAUUGUGCCUCUACUCCUGCUUGUACAGACUGCUUUUCCAGCAGCAUGGACACAAGAAGCAUAUUGUAUUCCCUGAAUGACUAUAAACCACCCAUUUCUAAAGCGAAAAUGACCCAAAUUACUAAAGCAGCCAUCAAAGCUAUUAAGUUCUAUAAGCAUGUGGUACAGAGUGUUGAGAAGUUUAUUCAGAAAUGUAAACCAGAAUACAAAGUACCUGGACUUUAUGUUAUUGACUCCAUUGUGCGACAAUCCCGACAUCAGUUUGGUCAAGAAAAGGAUGUGUUUGCACCCAGAUUUAGUAAUAACAUCAUUAGCACUUUCCAGAAUUUAUAUCGUUGCCCUGGGGAUGACAAGAGUAAAAUAGUGAGAGUACUAAACUUAUGGCAGAAGAAUAAUGUAUUUAAGAGUGAGAUUAUUCAGCCUCUUUUGGAUAUGGCAGCUGGGAUCCCACCUCCUGUUGUCACGCCUGUUUUAGCCAGCACUACCACUGCUAUGAGCAAUACUCCAGGAACUCCAGUGACACCUGUUACCCCGGCCAAUGUGGUCCAAGGCUUACCUGAUCCGUGGGUAUCUCAGAUAACAAAUACAGAUACACUUGCAGCUGUGGCUCAGAUCUUGCAAAGUCCUCAAGGCCAGCAGCUUCAACAGUUAAUACAAACCUUACAGAUACAACAGCAGAAGCCCCAGCCUUCCAUUCUGCAGGCCCUGGAUGCUGGUCUUGUUGUUCAGUUGCAAGCUCUUACAGCACAACUUACAGCUGCAGCUGCGGCUGCCAACACUCUCACUCCCUUAGAACAGGGAGUCUCCUUUAACAAGAAGUUGAUGGAUAGAUUUGAUUUUGGGGAAGAUUCUGAGCAUAGUGAAGAACCCAAAAAGGAAAUUCCAACUUCACAACUUUCUCACGUUUCAGAAUCUGUGAACAAUUCCAUUUUUCAUCAGAUAGCAGAACAACUACAACAGCAAAAUCUGGAACAUCUCAGACAGCAGCUCUUGGAACAGCAACAGCCUCAAAAGGCCACUCCUCAGGAUAGCCAGGAAGGAACAUUUGGGUCAGAGCAUUCAGCGUCACCAUCACAAGGGAGUAGUCAGCAGCAUUUUCUUGAACCCGAAGUCAAUUUGGAUGAUUCCAUAGAUAUUCAGCAGCAGGAUAUGGAUAUAGAUGAAGGGCAAGAUGGAGUGGAAGAGGAGGUCUUUGAACAAGAAGCUAAGAAAGUGGCAGUUCGCUCGAGAUCCAGAACACAUUCACGUUCUCGUUCAAGAUCACCAAGAAAACGAAGGUCUAGGUCACGAUCUGGUUCUAGAAAGCGUAAACACAGAAAGCGAUCGCGCUCCCGCUCAAGAGAAAGAAAGAGGAAAUCAUCACGAUCGUAUUCAAGUGAAAGGAGAGCCAGAGAAAGAGAGAAAGAACGACAGAAAAAGGGAUUACCUCCAAUUAGAUCUAAAACAUUAAGCGUAUGUAGUACUACUCUCUGGGUUGGGCAAGUGGACAAGAAGGCAACACAGCAAGAUUUAACCAACCUGUUUGAAGAAUUUGGACAAAUUGAAUCCAUUAAUAUGAUUCCUCCCAGGGGCUGUGCGUAUGUCUGCAUGGUUCAUCGACAGGAUGCAUUUCGAGCUCUUCAGAAACUCAGUUCUGGAUCGUAUAAAAUUGGGUCCAAGAUCAUUAAGAUCGCUUGGGCUUUAAACAAAGGUGUAAAAACAGAAUACAAACAAUUCUGGGAUGUGGAUCUUGGAGUUACAUAUAUACCAUGGGAAAAAGUUAAAGUAGAUGACUUGGAAGGUUUUGCAGAAGGAGGCAUGAUUGAUCAGGAGACUGUAAAUACUGAGUGGGAAACUGUGAAAAGCUCAGAACCUGUUAAAGAGACGGUCCAGACAACUCAGAGCCCAACUCCAGUUGAAAAGGAGACAGUGGUUACAACCCAGGCAGAGGUUUUCCCUCCUCCUGUUGCUAUGUUGCAGAUUCCAGUGGCGCCAGCUGUGCCUACAGUUAGUUUAGUCCCACCAGCAUUUCCUGUGUCGAUGCCAGUUCCUCCUCCUGGAUUCAGUCCAAUCCCUCCACCUCCUUUUUUACGAGCAAGUUUUAACCCUUCACAACCACCACCUGGUUUUAUGCCGCCUCCAGUUCCCCCACCAGUUGUGCCACCCCCUACAAUUCCACCAGUAGUACCAACAUCUUUAGUGCAGCCGUCAUUAUCCCUAACCCCGGAAACUGUGAAAGAUGUUGGAUUUGGUAGCCUUGUUAUACCAGGUGGUUCUGUUGCCGGCAAUCUUGCUACUUCUGCACUACCAGCUGCAAAUGUUUUUAGUGCUCCAGCUAAACAAGCAGAGCCUGAAGAAAAAGUACCUCAUCUUAUAGACCACCAGAUUUCUUCUGGUGAAAACACCAGAUCAGUGAUUCCAAAUGAUAUUUCAAGUAAUGCUGCAAUUUUAGGAGGACAGCCGCCAAAUGUGACAAGCAAUUCUGGAAUUCUGGGAGUCCAAAGACCAAAUGUAUCAAGUAAUUCUGAAAUUCUUGGGGUCCGGCCAUCUAAUGUUUCCAGUAGUUCUGGGAUUAUUGGAGUCCAACCACCAAGUAUUCUAAAUAACUCUGGAAUUUUGGGAAUACAGCCACCCAGUGUGUCAAGUAGUUCUGGACUUUUGGGAGUGCUACCCCCAAAUAUACCUAACAAUUCUGGACUUAUAGGAGUACAGCCACCAAAUGUUCCAAAUACUUCUGGACUUCUGGGAACACAGCCACCAGCCGGACCUCAAAACUUACCCCCUUUAAGUAUCCCUAAUCAAAGGAUGCCCACAAUACCAAUGUUAGACAUUCGUCCAGGACUAAUACCACAGGCACCUGGGCCAAGAUUCCCUUUAAUACAGCCUGGACUUCCACCCCAACGGGGAAUCCCACCCCCAUCGGUACUUGAUGCAGCUCUUCAUCCACCACCCCGUGGACCUUUUCCUCCAGGAGAUAUUUUUAGUCAGCCUGAAAGACCUUUUCUAGCUCCUGGAAGACAAAGUAUAGACAAUGUUACUAACCCAGAAAAAAGGAUACCACUUGGGAAUGAUAACAUUCAACAGGAGGGAGAUAGAGAUUACCGGUUUCCUCCUAUAGAAACCAGGGAAGGCAUUAGUAGACCUCCCCCUGUGGAUGUUAGAGAUGUGGUGGGGCGGCCUAUAGAUCCAAGAGAAGGUCCUGGACGGCCUCCACUAGAUGGUAGGGAUCAUUUUGGAAGACCUCCUGUAGACAUAAGAGAGAAUCUUGUGAGGCCAGGUAUAGAUCAUCUUGGUCGAAGAGACCACUUUGGCUUUAAUCCAGAGAAGCCCUGGGGGCAUAGAGGAGAUUUUGAUGAGAGAGAGCAUCGCGUUCUACCGGUCUAUGGUGGUCCAAAAGGCUUACAUGAAGAAAGAGGUAGAUUUCGGUCUGGAAACUAUCGAUUUGAUCCUAGAAGUGGUCCUUGGAACAGAGGAUUUGGACAAGAAGUUCACAGAGAUUUUGAUGACCGCAGAAGACCCUGGGAGAGGCAAAGGGAUAGGGAUGACAGAGAUUUUGAUUUCUGCAGAGAAAUGAAUGGAAAUCGUCUUGGACGAGACAGAAUUCAAAACACUUGGAUCCCUCCUCCUCAUGCUCGGGUUUUUGAUUAUUUUGAAGGGGCCACUUCUCAACGAAAAGGUGAUAAUGUGCCUCAGGUUAAUGGUGAAAAUACAGAGAGACAUGCUCAACCACCACCUUUACCAGUACAGAAUGAUCCUGAACUUUAUGAAAAACUGACAUCUUCAAAUGAAAUAAGCAAGGAGAAGAGUGACACAGUUGCUGAUAUAGAAAGUGAACCAGUGGUAGAAAGCACAGAAACUGAGGGGACAUAAUCAUCACUCAGUAGACGGAGUCUUGCUCUGUCACCCAGGUUGGAGUGCAAUGGCGGGAUCUCAGCUCACUGCAACCUCUGCCUCUCUGGUUCAGGCCAUUUUCCUGCCUCAGCCACUCAAGUAGCUGGGAUUACAGGCACCUGCCACCAUGACCGGCUAAUUUUUGUAUUUUUUAGUAGAGACAGAAUUUCACCAUGUUGGUUAGGCUGGUUUCAAACUCCUGACCUCAGGUGAUCCACCCAACUCAGCCUCCCAAAGUGGUGGGAUUACUGGCGUGAGCCACCGCACACGGCCCUAAAAAAGUACUUUUUAAAUAAAUACUGUAUUUCAUGGGAUAUAAGGUGCCAUUGAUUGUAAGAAACACCAUUCAGAAAUAGAAAAUGCUUCCAGUACGACAUGCUAGUAAUUAUAGAUACCUUCCUAAUUCAGAGAUUAAUGUGAAGUUUCUUAGUAUCAAAUAAAUACAGUAUUUAUUAUUGAAAUGGACUUUGAAUUCAGUGAGAACAUAUGAAUAUUACUGUUAUCAAUUAAUUUGAAUAAAUUUUCCAACAGUCUAAACUUUCAUAUACACACACAUCCCCUUAAGUGAUUUAGAGAAUAUUUUAAUCUUUUUCCUCACAACCUUUAAUGAACAAGAAGAUUCUAAUAUUAAAACUUGGUUAUACCUUAUGUGCCUUCAUCAUCAUUACUGGGUGCUAUAUUAAUAAAAUAUUUACUUGGCUUUUAACUUACAAAGAAAACUUUGGCAUUUUUCUCUUUAAAAAUAAAUAUUUUACUUAUAUAUAGAAAGGCAGGUAUCUUUAUAUUCAUUUUUAAGUUAGGCAAAAUAAAACUCUAUUAUUUUUUUCCUUGAGAUAGAGUUUCACUCUUGUUUCCCUGGUUAGAGUACACUGGCUCAAUCUCGGCUCAUUGCAACCUCUACCUCCUGGGUUCAAGUGAUUCUCCUGCCUCAGCCUUUGGAGGAUCUGGGAUCACAGGCAUACACCACCAUGCCUGACUAAUUUUGUAUUUUUAGCAGAGACGGAAUUUCACCAUGUUGACCAGGCUGAUCUCAAACUCCUGACCUCAGGUGAUCUGCCUGCCUCAGCCUCCCAAAGUGCAGGGAUUACAGGCAUGAGCCACUGCGCCCAGCCAGCUCUAAAUUAUUUUAAGUAGUCAUAAAUACUACAGUGUGGCAGAGAAUUAUAAAUAUUUCCUUAAUAUUGUUCAUGCUGUAGUUUUAUAUAUGAUAUCUUUUAAACUAUACCCAAUUGUAGACACUGAAUUUGUUUUUACUUCUGAAGAAAAAUAUUGAUUAUUAUAAUUUUUAAUGGAAGGUUUAAAACCAAGAUAUUUUGAUGUCCAGCAAAACUUCUAAACCUAGAACUUAAAAAAGGGCCUAGAUUGUUUUCUUUUGGUGGAAAGACAUACUUUAAAUACAGGCAUAUAAAUAUUGAAAGCAAUUUGAGAUGUCCUCUCUCUGUGGUCCUCAUGCAGGAAGUGGAUAACAGAAUCACCUGUGGAGCUCUCUGAAAAUAUUUUGGGGGAAUGGGGAGUAGGGGGUGUCAGCAUAGACUUACUAAUGCAGAAUCUCCUGAGGAUAAUAAAUAUAUAUAAUAUAUGCGUACACACACCUUGUGUAUGUAUGGUUUUCAAAAUCCCCACAAUACCACCAUUUUAGAUAAAAUAUGUAAAUAUUUAUUACACCAUAUGCAAGAUUCUUAAAGUUUAAAAAAAUCCAAAUAUCAUAGUUACAUGAAAUUAUUUUUUAUUGUUUGAGCGAAGCAUACAGUUAAUUAUGGCAGUUGGUCUUGGAGGAUGAAUCCAAAAUAGAGAAGUCAGUCAUCACAGCUUAAGUAUUAAGCUAAAAAUGAGUUAUAGCAAGAAAGGGAUGGAAGGAAGCAUAUGAGAUUGUUUUGUAGGGAAGUAUUUUUUUUUUACUCAACUGAAACUUUUCAAUGGAAUACCUCAAGGAAAAAUUUACUUGAUACAUGUAAUUAAAUGUUUUGAUUAUAGAAAGAACCUCUGGAACAAUAUUGUAAGUGUUACUUUUAUCAGGGUCUAGAAGUAACAUUAGUAAGACAACUUAGAUGUGCAUGUCAAAAGGUAAAGCAAAUCAGUGAUUUAUUAUUGGGCAUGAGCUUUGCUUAGACAUUUUUCUUCCCUUCCACUUAAGUUGCUCCUUUUUCAGCAGGCUCUUUUGCUUCCAUAUGUAUGCUUAGAAUUACUUGGGCUUCUUGUUCUAAAGUUUGUUCAAGAUACAGAACAAAUAUUCCAAGUAAUUUAUAAAAUGCAUAUUGUAUAGAACUGUGCUAAUGGUCUAAUUUCAUAUUGUAUGAGACACAUUAGAUGGUUCAGUUACUGACAGAGUUUUUGCAUGGAGCUCAAUAGAUCAAGUGUAUUGUAUUUGAAUGGGCAAUGGUGGAUAUAUGGCACCUGGUUGUCCUGUGUUCUUUGUCCCCUACCCUCUUCUCCUAUCUCCAUCCCCACCACUGUGGGCAGCUAUCAUUGUUUUGUUUAUUUUUCUGCCUUUCUCAGAGUUAGCCUCCAAAUCUUUCUCAUAUAGCAGCACUCCAGGCUCCUUUUUGACCCUAUCAUUCCAGGCAAAGGAUUAUCAGUUGGGUUAGUUGUUUGCAUUGAAAGUCAUUUGCUGCCCCUUCCUUGACUAAGUGAUUAUUUCUGACAUUGUUUCUAGCAUUUAAUUACCUUGAGUCUAUGAAAUAAGCUUUCUGUUCUGAAAAUGACCAGUUGAGGAAGAAAACUAAGAGGAAUGGAAGGAGACUUAACCUUAUUGGAACACUUUUUAAGAUAGCACAAAUUUUAUUGCCCUUCGCUAUUUAAAACUCCUUUGACAAUAGCUAGAUGGCUUUGGACAAGUUACUGAGCUUCUAAACAUUUGUUAAUAGCUAAUCUGCAGGGCUAAAUUUUCUUUAAAGAUAAUAUUAGCUAAUACUAAAUGGACACAUGCUAUGUGACAGGAACUGGAACAAUUAUAUUACUUGCACAAUAUAAUCCUCAUGACAGUCCUAUAAGGACUAUUUUUCUGAAAAGAAAUCCAAGUCACAGAUGUAAGUUACUUUGCAGACUUACAAGUUUUAAAUAUUGUAGUGAAGAAUUUAACUAUAUGUACCAGAUUGAGAAAUCAGUGUGUACUGUCUAAUAAACUGCCUGACAUGAUAGAGGGUCACCUGAUACCAGGCAGUAUAUAUGCAGAAAAACAUAAUCCAAUAUGCUAGGAUUAUAGGUGUGAGCCCCUAUAGGCACUUGGCCCCUAUUUUCAUCAUGAUUUUUUUUUCCUUAAGAUACCAUGGCAUAAUUAUUUUUAUAUUUCUUAAUAACUCGUUAUUUUGGAGUCAGGAGAAAAACAACCCAGCCAGCCUUAUGUUUACAGCUACAGUUAACCACUAAAUUGCUUUCAUUGUUACAAACAUAUGUCUGGCUAUCUCCUUUUCCUGUAGCUAAAUAAUUACUUAAGUUUGAUUUUCUUAGGUCUUCCUUCUCUUAUCCUCUCUUCUCCCAUCCCCUCCCUUCUUCUCUUUUCUCUCCUCCCCUCCUCUCCUCUCUUUUUUUUCUCUUUUUUCUUUUCUUUCUUGAGAUGGGAUUUCAUUGCUAUCCAGGCUUGAGUGCAGUGGUGUGAUCAUAGCUCACUGCAGCCUUGAACUCUUCCUGGGCUCAACUGAUUCCUUCUGCCUCUGCCUCUGCCUCUGCCUACCAAUAUGCUGAGAUUAUAGGCGUGAGCCCCAGUAGACACCUGACCCCUAUUUUCAUCAUUGUUUUUUUUUUCUUAUGAUACCGUGACAUAAUUCUUUUUAAAUUUCUUAAUAACUCAUUAUUUUGGAAGCAGGCAUUUAUGUUCAGAUUUCUUUUUGAAGACACUAUUUCCCGCAAAGUAAAUAAAUUUUUUUCUCACCCACAAGAUCUAAGUAGAAAUUAAAAUUAAAUACAAUUUAAAACUCCUUAUAUCCUUUAAAAUGCAUUGUAAAGGAGAGCCAGUGAUUGCUUGCAAAUUUAUAUUUUAGGAUGUGGUUUUGGCAGUUUCUUUCUAAAUUAACAUUUGUAUACUGCUUGUAGAACUAAAACUUAGUACCAUUUUCUUGUGCAUAAAACUCCUAUUUUAGGAAUAUUCCAUGGCUUGAAUUAAGCAAAAUGUGUAAAGUUAUUUUUACACAUAGUAAGCAUUCGGGGUUAGUGUUUAAACACCACUUCCAUUCAUAUGAAGAGUUUAGAAACUAAUCUUUGUCCUGGUGGCAAUGGAUAAUUUGCAGUUCUUUUAUCCUUAUAGAAUAUAUAACCUGAUUCUGUUUUACUUUUUUUCAAGUCUUCUAUUCAAGUCACUACACUUUAUAUUCAUAUAAGGUUUACUCUACAGCAUCUCAUGAUGCUGGCCUUUUAUAACCUUUUUCAGGAGUCCUUGGACAAAUGAGUCUGACUGUUGUGGCCAUUUUCUUGCCUGAUCCACACAUUGGGGAACAUGUUUAUCAAGUUUAUGUAUUUCCACUAACCUUGGUAAAAGUAAUUAUUUUUAUUACAUGAAAUAAAUGUUCUUGCACUUGAACAAGCACUUUCUAAUAAGAGUCUGUUUAUUACUGAACUAGGUCAGUUUAUACAUUAGCAAGGGUUUCAGUAAAGUAAGAUUUGUGUUAAAUCCUCAAAAGUGUAAAGGAUGACUGCUAUUUAAGAGUUGAUAUUCUGUGAUGAUAAAAAUUGCUUUAGGGUUGCAUUCAUCAUACAGCUGCAGUCACACCAAGGGUCAGGAUAUAGAGGUUUUUAACUGGCAAGACCAUCAUGACAACUCCAUUUAGAAUGGUAUUUUAAAUAAAAUUUAUUGAAUAUUUUAAUUACAGUCCUCUAUUUUCAUAUAUUACUUUUUGCUAGCAAAACAGUCUUAACGACCAUAGGUUUAAUGCACUCUCACUACAAGGAGAGAAAGGUUUUGAGAGUGGAGAGACUUGAACCUGUGUGUCAGGCAUUCUACAUAAUUUAUUUUCAGAGGUACCCUAUUUGAUAGGCUUUGUUAUCUUUUCUUUACAAAUAAAGAAGCAAACUCAAAGAUGCCUAUGGUUACAGGGCUUUUGAUUUGCAUAGGUAUUUGAACCCAGGUUUUGCUGACUUUAAUGCUUUACCUUAAAAGAUGCUCCUUUAGGAUGGUAGAUUUUAAUAGAUGGUCUGUAUAAUUAGUUUCCUGGGCCUCCUGUAACAACAUAGAAAAAAUUGGAUAGUUUAACACCACAGAUAUUUAUUCUCACGAUUCUAGAGGCCAGAAGUCCAAAAUCAAGGUGUCAGCAGGGCGAUGCUCUCUGAAAGUUCUAGAGGAGAAUCCUUCCUUACCGCUUCCGCUUCCAAACUUCUGGCAGUUCUCUGCAAUCCUUAGUGUUCUUGGCUUGUAGCUGCAUCACUCCAGUAUUUGCCUCCAACAACAUAAGGCUGCUUUUCCUCGCAUGUCUGUGUUGUUUUUCCUCUGAAUAUAAGGAUAUCAGUUAUAUUCAUUUAGGAGCCUCCCCUAAUCCGGUGUGAUCUCAUCUUAAUUACGUCUACCAUGACCUUAUUUCCAAAUAAGGUUGUAUUUUCAGACAUAGUAGUUAAGACUUCAAACAUAUAUUUUAGGGGUGAGAGACACAAGUCAGUCCGUAACAGCCUAUGACAAAUUGAGUAAAUUGAUGAAUAUCUUAAAAAAAAAACACAUAGUCAGUAGAAGAGGCAGACACAUUGUAGAGUGACAAAAUACAUCUAGAAAUUCCAUUUUUAAAUUAUUUUCUGUGUUACAAUAUUUAAAUCCCUAAUGCUUAUAUUACAAACCAUUAAACAGGAUAGUCAGCACCUGGCUUUUUAGCUGAAUUUGUAAUGUCUAUAUGUUUAUGUUUCUUUAGUAAUACUUGAACCGAAGGAAUUUGCAAAGAAAACCCAGUAAUAUUAGUAUUACAUAAAAAAGAAUCUAGUUACUGGAUUUUUCUUACAUCAAGAAAUAAUGCUAACUUUUAAAGGUGGAGAAUUUUUUAGACGUCAGUAAAUAUACCUACCCUGAAAAUGUGCAGCAUUGUAUCUUUUCUGUAUGUCAGUGCUUUUAAAAAAUGGACAGUGUUAGCAUUUUGUCUGCUUAUUAAAAUUUCCUCUCUAGUGUGAUAUUAUUAUCAUUUUGCCAUUUCACUGUCAUAUUAGAAAUGGUUGGGUUUUUUUAACCAAAUGGAUUAACCAAUUUGUUUAAUUUUUUAUAUUAUUAUAAGUUUAAUAUAUUUCUUUAUUUUCUCAUAGUAUUAGUUAGCAAAAUCUAUUUGAUUAAGUAAAAAGCAGCUUUGGGUCUGACUGAAAUCCGACUUACCUAAGUAUAUAGGCCUUUACUAAGUAGGUGCCUUUUAACAGGACCCCUAUAACUUUUAUAGAAAUCUGAGUGAAGAAUUCUCCUGCUUUUGUUUGUUUGUUUUUUGGAGAGCACCAAAGCACUUAAAACACUGCUUGGCACAUAGUACUGUAUAGGUAUUCACUGUUGUUUUCAUUGUCAAUAAUGGCUAAUGGAGACUUUCGGGACAUCUAAGUCAGUGUUACAGAUUAAUUGCAACCAAUUAAGGAAUUAUGUAUGCAAAUUUGAGUAUACAUCCCAAAGUCGGGGAAAAUGGAGUUGUAUAGUUCUGGAAGUUUUAAUAGGUUUUUUAAAAGCCUUCUACCUCCAAACCCUCAACUCUUUAAGCUCUAUUUGUGUUUCUGGUCCUUAGUACCAACCUUUAAACACAGCUGUGUAAUUCACAAGGCUAUUGGGCGUGCUUCCUGUUGUCCCAGAUGGUGGAUCUGUCACCGAGAGAUGACUGUGAUCUAAUCACAGGAAAAAUGAUUAGAAAGUUUCCUUGCUUUUGUUAAUUGUCUAAGUCGAGAUAGUAAUAAUUUACUGGUUAAAGAUAGUAUAGCUGAUUUUCUUACUCAAUUAAGUAGGAAAUAAAGUUUUAAAAGUAGAUUUUUUCCAUGGGACUUUAAAGAAGCUAAUUCUUUUGAAAUGGAAAAAAGACUUAGAUUUCGCCCAUGAAUAUAUUCAUGGUAAAAAAAAAUUAUCACUGAAAUUAAUUAACCAUUUCCUUUAAUUGUGUGUGACUCAGUCCGUUGUAUGGAAUACCACAUUUAGACAAUUUUUAAAGAUUGUUAACAUGUCUCCAUAUGAUAGUGAAUUUGAAAAGCAUAUUUGUCCAGCCUGGAUGAUAGGGUGAGACUCCAUCUCAAAAAAAAGGAAAGAAAAGCAUAUUGGAGGCAUUUUAUCCCAAAGCCUGUCAAAAUAAAAUUUGAGACCCUUAAAAAAGAUCUCUGUCUGGGGAGAGAGAUGAAGUUACUUAAUUCAUACUGAUAGCAAAAUCUGUGCAGUUAUGGAAUAUAGGAAUUCUAGAUAUGCAUAUUCUCAUUCUGGAAUUAAGUCAUUCAUAAUAGCCAGUUUAGGAAAACAUAGUAGGGAUCUUGGUUCCAGUGGAAACCACAAAGGGCUGCAACAAUGAUACUUAUCUGUACUUUUAAAUGUGAAGCAGUCAUUUAAUUUCUUAUUAGAGCUUAAAAACAUAGCAAAUGGACUUUUUGGGGGAUAAUACAAUAUUGUUACCCUCACAUAGAAAGCUAGAUUUGAGAUGGGGCAGUCCCUUAAACUGUGCUACAACUCUUUCUUUGCCACAUUGUUUAGUAUAGGUUUAUUUGUUGAACUAAAGCUAUAGAGGACUUUAAAUGGACAGAACUAAAUAUAUAGUUUACCUGCCUUCAGAUUCACAAUUUCAAAGCCUUUGUAUUCUGGGUACUUGAAAUAAAAUCAGUAGUCCACAUAUUAAUCAGUGUAGACUAAGAUUAAUUUCUCAAUUAGUAUCAGUUUUUGAAAGACCAAAAACGGGCUCCCUUCAUCCCCAAAGCAAUUUCAUUUAAUAGUAGAGUAUGUGGGAAUGUUAAUGGAUGAAGGAGAAAUUCUGAUGGAGGGUUCAUUACAAGUUAUAUAAAUAAAGACACUAGCUUUUUUUGUCCCAACAAAACGCUUUAGCUGUGUUAGUAUUCCAGUUAUCCAAUGCCUGUAAAUACGAGUAUGACCUUAGUUUUUUUCUGAGCCACCAAACAUCAGGUGGAAGUGAUUUUAAGAGGAUAUGUAAGAAUAGUUUAGCUGUGUCUUGCACAGUUAUGUUAUCUGCAUUCAGAUAAUUGAAUGAGGCUAACACUUUGUGGUUAGUCAUUAAGUCCUUUCAGGUAUUUUGUGGGUAUUUUUGGUUUUGCUUUUCCAGAGGAAUACUUUUCUACUUUUCUUUUUGUUCUAAGCAGUUAUAACAGCUCUUCAUUCCUUUUUGUAAUUUCAAGUGGUUGGUGACCUGGUGGAAAAAAAGUAAUUAUGAAACACUGCCUUUUGUUGAGUUGGUUAUAAAAUACCUAGCUAGGCAUCCUGAACAAGAGCAUCUAUUCCAGCUGGGAAUGGGUGAGCCAGGUUAAUUUUCUAUUUUUUUCUUUUUUUUUUUUUUUGAGACGGAGUUUCGCCCUUGUUACCCAGGCUGGAGUGCAAUGGCACGAUCUCGGCUCACCACAACCUCCGCCUCCUGGGUUCAGGCAAUUCUCCUGCCUCAGCCUCCUGAGUAGCUGGGAUUAUAGGUGUGCACCACCAUGACCAGCUAAUAUUCGUAUUUUCAGUAGAGACGGAGUUUUGCCAUGUUGGCCAGGCUCGUCUUGAACUCCUGACCUCCAGUGAUUCCGCUGCCUUGACUUCUCAGAGUGCUGGGAUUACAGGCCUGAGCCACCGUGCCAAGCCUGAGCCUGGUUAAUUUUCCAUGAUAAGGACUUUUAAUGUUACUCAACAAGUAAUCUGACUUUUGUUUCUCUCUUGGCUAUUUACAUUUGUAGCUUAACAUUUCAAAUUAGUUUCUAACUUCUAAUACAGCUCAUAGUUGGAAAUACAUGCAUGUAGUUGCACACAUAUGCAUACGUGCAUAUGUGUAUUUAUCUGAUACCUUAUCCUCAACCUUCAGCAAGCCUUGUAGAUUUUCUUUUGAUUUUUUUUUUUUUAUUAUGGUAGCUUGAGUAUUCUCUCAGGAAUUAGACAACUUAAAACCAAUAUCAUCUUUCUCUGCAUAAGCCUCACAUCUAUUUACCAAGCCUCUUAGCACUCAGGUUUUUUUUUUUAACUUAUAUAGGCAUAUAUUUAUUCUGAAUUUAUGCUCAUGUCGUAAGUUGUUUUUGUUUCUUCUGGAAUAUCUUUUUUUUUUUCUGUGCAGCCACAGAACAGUUGUGGCUUAGGAACAAUUUCUUUCUGGCAAGGAUCAUCUCCAUGUAGCAGAGGGAGCUCACAUGUAAAGUAAUCCCACCAUGAGCUUUGAAAGUGCAGUGGCUGCUGCAUCUUGGGUGUUUCAUUCACCUGGAUGUGCUCAGUGACCAGAGAACUUACAUCUAAACCCUUGAGUUCAGUUACACUCUGUGUAUUUAAACAUGUGCAGGAAGAAUUUAGCAUUCUUUUUGGCUACCAACCCUGUGUUUAGCUCACUGUUUGGCCUGGCACAUCUACCAACUUCACCCUGUAAUGUCAGAAUGGUUACACAUUGUUUUGAUAAAGUGACAUCCUUCUGAUAACUUGAUCUUUUUGUAUAUGUGUACCUUUGAUGGCCUGGGCAGUUUCAUGAGUUUUCUUGAGCGAACAUGACAACUUGAACCUCUUGAUUUGCAUGGUUUUGUAGCAUUUUCUGGGUCAAGAGAAUAUCAAACCAUUUUCACCUCAGUCCACUUAGAGGAAGAGCAAGAAUUAGAUUGUUGAAGCCUGAUACAUUUUCUCAUCAGGACCUACUCAAUCUUCAUUAGUAAAUAAUGACAUCUGGGUAAGGCUGUGGCUCAUGCCUAUAAUCCCAGGACUUUGGGAGGCUGAAGUGGCAGCUCACUUGAGCUUAAUAGUUUGAGACCAGCCCGGGCAACAUGGUGAAACCCCAUCUCUAUAACAAAAAUUCAGAAAUUAGCCAGUUAUGGUGACGUGCAUCUGUAGUCCCCACUACUCAGGAGGCUAAGGUGGGAGGAUCGCUUGAGCCCAGGAGGUUGAGGCUUCAGUGAGCUGUGUUUGUGCCACUACACUCUAGCCUAGGCAACACAAGGGGACCCUGCCUCAAAAAAUAAAAUGUAGAAUAAUGAUAUCUGUAAAUUCUGCAGUAACCAGAGAUUAAUACUAAAUGUAUACUCAGUAUAGAGAAUGAGAGCAGGCAAGAGAAUGCCUAGAAUUUUCAAAGCAGUAAUAUUACUGAGAGCUGGCUAAAAAAAUACACUUGCCUUCAGUCAUUUUUGAGCCAUUGAUUCAUCUUCUGAUUUUUUAUAGCCUAACAGUGCUCUUUCAAAUUAUUACCAGGUGCACUUAGUUGCUUUGUUACUGUGGUUCAUUUUGUGGAUUUGCUUUAGCUGCUUUCUUUGGACCAGCUCCUGAAAGUUAAUUGAGGCUGCACAAGGCUUCCAAGAGAAGCCAGAUGUACCCAUGGCUGAGAGUGACACAGCAGUGGUCAGGCACGUGUCCACUGUUGGCCUUUGACCUUUUUAAGUCAAUGUUUCAACCAAGAAGAAACUUAUUCUGUUGUGCUUUUUUGUGACUUUUUAAAGAAAGUAAUUUUAUGGACUUAUUAGUGGAUAUGAUGGUUUGUUAACCACUAUUCUAAACUCCUUGUUAUCAUACUGAUGAAUGGAAAAUGAAGUACUUUUUUUCACUGAGUCAGUAUGCAUGUACAGGAUUGAGUCAUUGGAAUAAAAAUAACGUUCGGCUAAUGGUUCAUUAAAAGGACAUAUAUGGACGUGUUAAGCAGAAGGUUUCUUGGGGUGAUAUUUUUUAAACUCCAAAUUUUAAAAAGAAUCUAGUUGGAGAAUUAAGCCCAGGAAAGGAAACCUGCUAGGAUAUUCCUACCCAGACAUCAUGAUGCACACCCUUCGGCCCUCUUUAAUACUACAACUUACUGUAGUAAAUGAGAAUGCACAGCACUCUCAAUGCUUUCAUGCCACCCUAAUGAUGACCCUUCUGCUUUCAAAAGACAGUACUAUCUGUAAUUUACCUCUGUAACAGGACUAUAGAGACCCUAACACCUUUGCUUCUGGCUUUCCCAACUCCUUCUGCUGUUUUCAUCUGUAAUUAAGAAUCUUUGAUGUCCUAGAGGAUGGACUUAUGGACUUCCUUUCCCACAACGUGAGCAAUAGAACAAACCCUGAGCCUGGGGAAAGUGAACAUUGUGUUGUCCAUCAGUAUUGGAACUUAGCUUCUCGAGCUGCCACACUCUAGUUUUUCUCUAUAUCCAUGAAAAAAAAAGUAAAAGGUGCACCAACAUUCCUCUCCCUCUCCCAAGAGACACAUACUCGCUAUCUCACGGUUGUGGCAUAUACCACUUACCUAUCCCACGGCUCUACUGCUUACCCAGUAUUUUUCACAUUUCUCCAGGCAGCCACUGUAAGUCACAGUUUUAGCAUCAGAUCUGAAACCUGUUCUUCAUCCCGGGUCAUGGAGCAAUUCACCACAUAAAGUCGUAUGACUUUGUUAACAGUCGUUAACUGUUAGUUUGCAGUGUCCUAUUAGUUAGCACUGUACAGUUUAGUACUUAAGAUGAUUUGUGAAUUGUGAACAUGUUACUGCCUGUUAACACCAUACCAGUACCAUUCUUUGUCUUCACUUGCCUUGAAAUGCAAAAUCACGUGUUGCAUAGUUUAAUCAUUCACAUGUUUAUGUUCCUGAGUUAGUAUUUUUAAACAAAGAGAGCAAUAUAGAUAACAUCAUUUGUUAGCCCUAAAUUUUAUAGAUAUCAUAAUGCCCUAAUAUUUUCCUUGUUUUCACCUCAUUAUAGGGAAAGGAAUCCUUAAUGGAGAUAUUAAAUGGAAUAACUGCAUCUUUUUGCCAGUUGUUGUAGGUUGACUUUAAUCUUGUCAAAAUUGUUUUAAAUCAUUGUUAAAACAUAACUAAUACAUUGCCUUUGAACCCAGUUAAUUUUUUCCAGAUAUUAAAAGUUUAUUUUUUUUUUUAAUGUUAAAAGUGGCAAUUUAUUUUUAUUGAUCUUUUAGGAAGAAAUUUUAUAAGGGAACAGAAUUGAAAAGUCAGAAAAAGAAUAGAUUAGGUAUCAUAUAUUAGUAUUAUUUCCAAAAGAAAACACAGUAAAAAGAUUGUUUUAGAAGAGUACAGGCAUUGUUUCCCACCGUAAUAGAUCCAGAUUCUUUUUGAAAUGAAAAAGUGAAAUUUUACAUCAAGUUUUCAUGUUUAUGAAAUAGUGGGCCCAGAGAUGAAUAUCCAAUGUGAUCCAAAUAUAUUAGACUAAAAUAUCCUGUGAACAUGGAAAUCAAUGCAUAUGACCUCUCUGACUUUUUAAUAUUGAGCACUUUGAAAGAUUGGAUCCAUAUUGUUACGAAAUGUAAAAACAGCCUGGCACAGCGGCUCACUCCUGUAAUCCUAACACAUUUGGAGGCCAAAACUGGCAGAUCACUUGAGGCCGGGAGUUCAAGACCUGGCUGGGCAAUGUACUGAGGCCCUGUCUCUUCCAAAAGCAAUUUAAAAAUUAGCCAGGAGAAGUAGUGUGCAACUCUAGUACCAGCUGUUUGGGAGGCUGAGGUGGGAAGAUUGCUUGAGCACAGGAGUUCAAGGCUGCAGUGAGCUAUGAUGGCACCACUGGGCUCCAGCCUGGGAGACAGAGCAAGACCCCGUCUCAAAAAAAAAAAAACAAAAUAAAACAUAAAAACAGUCUCAUAAAUAUUUCCACUUUGGAACUUGACCCAGUCAGUGGGUUCAAACCUAGUAUUUUUAAUUAAUUGAAUUGUCUAGUAUAAUAAAAUCUGAUUUGCUUAAUGUUGGCUCUGAAGUAAUUUGAGUUGCUAAUUUAUAACAAUAGAUACAGAGUUGUUUUUUUCUGUCUGCAGCUUAAGAUGUGAACUGGGUAUUGAAAUCCUUAGAUUUGCUAACUCUAAUUUUACUAUUUGUGUCUAGACUGCUCUUUGGCAUCUUUCCAAAUCAUUUUUAUUUCCUUUGGGAGAAUAAAGACAUAACAGCUUAAGAGAUGACCAUAAUUGCUGUGUGAACAUGUUUGCCUACUUGGAUAUAGGCCUGCAUUUGUUUUUGUAGUCAGAUUUGGGGUAAAGCGCAUGGGCUUUUCUAAAAUUCUCCCUAUCUUAGACCAUCAAAUGAGGCCUCAAGUGUGCAGGUCAAGUUGCAGUUAGAGAUAACAUUUAAAUGAUGUUGCCCACAUUGGCCUUUGGAAUAUGGAAUCUCAGCUUAAUUUUUUUGUCCUUCCAUUAGGACAUGUAGCAGAUCUGAAAGAGAAUUAAACUUGGAUUUUCUCUGUUUGGAAGAGAAUUGGUAACAUAUCCAAAGCACUUUCCUUUUCAUAUUCAAGUCAACUUCAAAUGGUUAUAGAGCCUACAGGGAUUUUAUUUAGCAAUGGUGAAACUGAUCAGUAACCAACAGUUGACUCCUCUCUAGUAGAAAAUGUUAUGUUUUUGAACAUUUGCAGAUUUUGAGGUUUAUCACAGGUGAGAAUCUGUCGUAUCUGAGGUUGUUGUUUCAGCAUAUUUUAGAGUGAUUUUCACGUCGAGACACAUUAGCUCUCUUCAGGAAAAUAACUGCUAAAUACAAAUUCAGUUCUGUGAGCUGCACAUAAAGGUGCUUCAGUCACUUUGUAGGAAAAAAAAACUUCCUAAGGCAUGGUUUUAUAGUUUUAUAUCUUGGAAGGUUUUUGGUUGUUUUUAUCAUUAAUGAUUCUGCUCUGUCACCCAGGAUGGAGUGCAGUGGUACAAUCAUAGCAUGCUUCAGCUUUGAACUCAUGGGCUCAAGUGAUCCUCCCACCUCAGCCUCUAAGUAGCUGGGAUUACAGGUGGGGCUACUGCUCUGCCUGGGAGAUAUUUAGAGACCCAAGUUUCUUUGCAGAUCACUUUCCUUGGUAAUAAUACUGACAAACACUAGGAGUAUUAUCUUGCAUCUGGUCUCUUCACUUUUAUGAGUGCUACGGAACUCAUAAGUUGUAUUGUGAGCAAGUGUAUUUUCAACCUUCUCAGGAAAUUUAAGAUUGUUAAAGCAGAUUUUUAAGAAGUAAAGACUGUAUUUAGAAGAUAAGUUUGAAGGGAGAUUAAAUUACAACAUCUUUGGAUCAGUUGUUUCUUAUGGUGUGCAGUAAUUAAGCUUUCAGGACCCAAGAUACAAAUACUAGUUUUUCUGUGUACUGAGCGUAGAUGACAAUAAUAUGGACUCAUCUCCAGCAGUAUAAUAGGAAAGUUAAUGUGACAGUUUUUCAAAGGUGAUGCCUAAUUUUAAAUACCAGAUUACUUUUGUGUCUUAAAAAUCAAAGUGUUGAUUUUAAUGGGUAGAGUUUGGGAUAAAUAAAAUACAGAAGCCUUCCCAUUGAAGACUUUACAAAAUUAUGAUAAAGUUGUAUACUCUGGUUAAUAAAAAAUAUACAUUCAAUUUCUAACCUUAUAUCUCUUGUUUGAGCAAACAGAAAGGUGGAUUCUCUAAGGGUCAGAACACUUUUCAGGAUGACCCCAUUUCUUUUCUUUUCCUUUUUUUUUUUUUUUUGAGACGGAAUCUCACUCUGUCACCAGGCUGGAGUUCAGUGGCACAAUCUUGGCUCACUGUAACCUCUGACUCCCUGGUUCAAGCAGUUCUCCUGCCUCAGCCUCCCGAGUAGCUGGGAUUACAGGCAUGCACCACCACGCCCAGCUAAUUUUUGUAUUUUUAAUAAAGGUGGGGUUUCAUUAUGUUGCCCAGGAUGAUGACCCCAUUUCUUAAGUUGUUGGAAAGAAUAGUUUGAUAAGGUCCUUCAGUUCCUUCUUCAAACCUCAGAUUCCUUUUGUAUACUGUUUCUGGAGAGCUCAUAAGGAGAUAUACACUUGCCUUUUAAGUCUAGGAGGAGGAACAGUAUUUCUGAUACCUAGUUUUGCCUUCCCUUAGGUGGAUUUCACCAAGUUAUUCCAAAACUUUUCUACUCGCCACAACACAUGCCAGCUUUACCACCUUACUCACCUCCCAACAGAGGACUUGCCUCUUUUCCUUAUGUAACUGGUAGCUGGGACUAUAGUAAUUUGUUUCAGUAGCCCCUCUAAACUCACUUAAAUAAUCUGGUCUCUGCCUCAAGACCAGUGGUUCUCAGCUAGAGUUGAUUUUGCUUUCUUCUCCACCAGGGGACAGUUAGCAGUGUUUGGAGCCAUUUUUUGGUUAUCACAACUUGGUGUGGGGUACUGCUGGCAUCCAGUGAAUAUUAGAGUGCUGCUAUUAUACUCUAUACAGUGGCACCACACCAUCAAAGAACUGUCCUCAAAUGUCUGGAGUGCCCAGGCUGGGAACCUUGCUCUGAUUUUAGGCAGACAUAUCAUGCUGUAGGGUCCCAAGCAAAUUUCUCAUUAUCCUGUUUCACUGAGAACACUGCUUUAUUAAAAAGCUUCUCUUUACUGUAUUUUUUUAACCACUCCCUCUUCACUGACACCAAAUAUUCCUGUUAAUGUGCUCAAAUCCCUCACUUAUAAAAAAAUAAAAUGAAACCUCUCUUUUCUGGUUGCUGGUCUCUUUCUUCUUUUGUAGAAUGAUCUUUGGGAAGAGUGUUUUCAUUUAUCUCUGUUUCUUCAUCUUCUAUUUCUUAGUGCACUGUCGUUGGCUUUCUACCUCACCAGUCCAUUGAAAUUUCUCCUUCCAAAGUCACCAGUGAUCUGUUGACCGAAUCUAACAGCCAUUUUAAUUGCUUAUCUUACUUGAUAGCACCACAGCAUUUAGUGUUAGUGACUACUUUCUUGAAACUACUCCCUUGACUUUGCAGACCACUCUCCUGUGUUCAUCACCAGCCGUUCUUUUUCCUCUUUGAAUUCCACAACUUCCCACAUGGUUCUAUCUGUUCACACAUGUUCAUGCUCACCUGAGCUCACUUAGGACCAACAUACAUUGAUACUCAGCUCUGCCUCACUUUCUGCCUAGAUGCCAUAUAACCAUCUCAAGCUUAAUCUCUGCAUUUUCUCUUCCAAAUUCCCACCAAAAUUUUUUUCCCUUUUCCCAAUGUUUGGCAUUCUCAUUCUGUCCAUCUCCCAACACUCCUUAGUAACAAAGUGCUUUGGAUUUUUACUCAUUAAACAUAAAUUUGUAUUUCCAUGGCCUUUGCCUUGAUUCAGUCCCUUUUUUUUGAGACAGAGUUUCGCUCUUGUUGCCCAGGCUGAAGUGCCAUGGUGCAAUCUUGGCUUACUGCAACCUACGCCUUCCAGUUUCAAGCAGUUCUCCUGCCUCAGCCUUGUGAGUAGCCGGGAUUACAGGCACCCGCCAUGACCCCGGCUAAUUUUUGUGUUUUUAGAAGAGAUGGUUUCACCACGUUGGCCAGGCUGUCUCGAACUCCUGACCUCAAGUGAUCCACCUGCCUCGGCCUCCCAAAGUGCUGGGAUUACAGGCGGGAGCCACCGCGCCUGGUCUUGAUUCAGUCCUUUGUGGACAGUUCCAGUGCCUUCAAAACUGUCUUCCAGGCUCAACACUGACAAAUACAUCUUCUGCAAUGCUUACCAGAAUGUUUGUUCCAGAAUUUUCUUAGGUAAAAAGAGAGUGUAGCAUCUGAGAGAUGUUUGCCCUCACUUCAAACAUCAUUGCCUGAGUUUGAAGUGAGGGCAAGUCAUUUUUCUUUUUGGUGCUCCAAAAUUCUCAGUGGUAAUGAACAUUUUAAUACCAAUUUUAUAAGGCUGAUGUAGGGUUAAAUGAUUGAGUAUAGGUAAAGCCCUUGGAACAAUUCUUGACACAUAAUGUUAGCUGCUAUUAUUUUAUAUGAUCAUUAACAUUGUAAUACACAUCUGAGCGCACCCACCAGAAGUUCUUCAUUUCUCUGAUAACCUACCAAAUAAAAUUUAAACUACUUAUUCUGACUUGGUAGACUCAUCAUGAUCUAACUCUCUUUACUUUUCCAUUCUCUUCUCUGAUCUCUGCUGUGAAUACCACAUGCUUUAGCAAGUUGAUAUUCUUAGCAGUUCCUCCAGAGUGCUUUUGCUGCUUGACUGUUUCUUCUCCCUGAAAUGCUGUCCUCAUCUCCACCGUGUAGACUCCUACUUGUUGACCUGUUUGCUUUUUAUUCUUUAAUGAGCUCUUUGAGGAAAGAGAUCUUACUAAUGCUCCUAAUGCCUACUCAUAGUAUACAUUUAGUAAAAAUGUGUUGAAAGCAUAAAUGAACAUUUAAAAAACUAGAAGAGGCUGGGCACGGAGGCUCACGCCUAUAAUCCCAACAGUUUGGGAGGCUGAGGUAGGAGGAUUGCUUGAGCCAAGGAAAUUGAGACCAGCCUGAGCAACAAAGGAAGACUCCGUAUCUAUUUAAAAAAAAAAAAAAAAAAAAACACUAAAAAUACUAGGCAGGUGUGGUGUGUGCCUGUGGUUCCAGCUACUUGGGAGACUGGGAUAGGAAGAUCACUUGAGCCCAGAAGGUCAAGGCUGCAGUGAGCUAUGUGCACACCACUGCACUCCAGCCUGGGUGACAAAGCGAGACCCAAUCUUUUUCCUUUUUCUUUUUGGAGACAGAGUCUAGCUCUGUUGCCCAGGCUGGAGUGCAGUGGCGUGAUCUCACCUCAUUGCAACCUUUGCCUCAGUACCAAGUAACUGGGACCACAGGCACUUGCCACCACACCUGGCUAGUUCUUUGUUUUUCUUUUUUUUUUUCAAGAUAGGGUUUCACCAUGUUAGCCAGGCUGGUCUUGAACUCCUGACCUCAAGUGAUCCACCCGCCUUGGCCUCCCAAAGUGCUGGGAUUAUAGGCAUGAGCCAUUGCACUCAGCCAAGACCCUGUCUUAAAAACAAAACUGAACAAAAUCUAGAAGAAUCAAACCACCGAGAUCUGGAAAUAAUAGUUACUUACUACACAAAGCCUUGCACUAGCAACUUCAGCAUCACUUGGAAGCUUGCUAGAAGUUCAGAGUCUUAGGCUCAAUCCCAGAGUCACUGAAUCAGGGUCUGCAUUUUUAAAAGAAUCUCAGGUGAUUCAUAGUGUGAUAAAAUUUGAGAAACAGUGCUCUAGUUCAUUUCUCUUUUCCCCAACAAACUUGGGGUUUCAUAUAUUCACAGUCUUAUUUUUGACGUUAAUAUAAAUUAAAAGAAUUUUCUAAAUAAGCUUAGUGACAAGAAAAGUAAAACAAAUUUUAAAAUACAGUUAAACUGAAUAAUGAUUUUUUUUUUUCUCCUAAGACAACAGUUAGCAGAAGCCGUAUGUAUAGUUGUUUGGCUGUAAGGAAGGGGAGAUCAUAUUUUAACCAGAGCUGCUCCUUUGUGUAUUUAAGAGUUUUAUUUGAUACUACCUCUGAUAAUAUUAGAGUCUUGAGAGUAUGUCUUAUAUGAAUAUUUUGGUUUUGCCUAUAGAUUGAAUUUCAUGAAAUAUUGAGAUGGAAGGCUGUGGAUUGGGAUUGAGGAAAUACCUUUUUAGACUUCUUUAGUUCUUUCUGAGUUUUUUGACAGCCUUCCCUAAGUUUAUCCUAUGCCUCACUUUACCUUAGCAGAUACUGGCAAUGUGCCCAUAAGGAGAAAAUAGAAUUUAGUAAAAUGAGAAAGGUUUUUAAAAAGUGUCAUUGAUAAAUAAGAUGAAAAGAUUGGAAAGCAUCAAAACUUUAUUAUUUAAAAGUUAAUGUAAGCACUAUGUUCAGCUCAAACACCUUAAGAGAUAUGUAUUCUGUGCUUAAACAUCAACAUACAGACUUGCAUGUUGUUACAUGGCACAACUUUUGUGGAGUAAAUGUUUCAGUCACAGUAUUAAAGUUUCUAUGAAAAUACUUUUUAUAAAAUGGGAAAUGUGAUAUUUUAAAUCAAUGGGCCUGAGAAAAAUAGUUUAAAGUUAAAUGUUUUUAACAGAUUAAUAUAGAAUUCCAAGUUUCUUUUUAGAUUAUUUGAAAUAGUUUACAAAAUAUUAUUUUAAACAUACUUUCAACUCUUUUCAAAAACUCAAGUGUAGAUGCCUGAGGGGCGAGAGAGAAAGAGAGUAUGUUACCACGUUUAUCAUUGGACUAUAGAAGCAAAUUUAUACUCCAUUCAGCAGGUACUUAUUGAGGAAUAUGUAUAUUUCAAGAGUCUUGAUAGAUAAAAGUUGGUGACAGUAGGUCAUUGAGAAAAACAUUAUGGUAUUGACAGAACGCAGUCCCUGCCUUCAAGGAGUUUACCUUUUAGUGAGAGACAGCCAGUGAACUAUAUUUCAGCGUAAUAUAUGAAUUGCUGUAACAGAUGGGUACAUAAGAUACAACUAGAACAUAGAGAAAGGACACUAGUUGCUAGAUUUUCAUUAGAAGAUGCAUUUUUAUUUCAGCAAAUCAACUUCCUAAGUCUCAAUAUCCUCAUCUAUAAAAACGAAAAUAAAAAGUACCUGGAAGACUUAUUUUGAGGGUCAAAUGAAAAUUCAUAUGCAGUGCUUAGGACAGUACACAAAACAGACUGAUUGCAUAAUAAAUGUUGGCUGUUAAAACUUAGUGGUGAUAACGUAGAGAAUCUUUCCUUCUGUCUUUGUGAUUUCUUCUUCCCUUCCUGUUUUUCUUUUUCUCUUUCUUUAGUAGUCACAACUCCCAUCCAUGGAUUUGAAGGAAACAUUUCUAAUAUCAUGGAGGUCAAAUUCAGGUUUCUUUGGAUAUUUUUUUUCUCCUGUUGUCCCCUCCCUGUCCACCCAGUAUGAAUAACCCUAGUCUCCUCUUUAACUUUGGAAAGUUUCCAGAACAGUGAUGACAGGGUCCUUUUAUAGUAUAAUGUCAUGUGGGCCGGGCACGGUGGCUCACGCCUGUAAUCCCAGCACUUUGGGAGGCCGAGGUGGGUGGAUCAUGAGGUUGGGAGAUCGAGUAUGAUGUCAUGUAUUACUCAAGACUUGUACUGUCCAAUAUGGUGGCCUUUAGUCACAUGCUGCCAUUUAAAUUCAUUAAAAAUUCAGUUCCUUAGUCACACCAGCCACAUUUAAAUGCUCAACAGCCAUAUUUAGCUAGUGGCUACCAAAUUGAGAACAUUUUCAGGAAAUCCUUUUUAAUAGCAUUACCCUAGAAGAGCAACUGCUGAUAACAUAGGCUGUUUACCUUACAAUUAUGUGAUUCAGAAUUAUCUGUCCUAAACUAUAUUAAAAAAAAUUUUUUUUAAUUCUCACUUGUGGUUAUUUUCCAUUAAGGAGUUACCAUACUUGGCAAUGCUGAUUUUUAUUUUUAUAAAUAUAAAUUCUAUAUUGAUAUUUCCAUUUGUGUUUUAAGACUUUUAUUAAAGUGUCUUGGGGUGUUUUUUUCAAUUAUAAUUCAGUGAAGUUUUCAGACUCUUUUAAGCCACAUCUUUAAAAUGCUAUUUCUGAUUAAAGAUAACGUAACGUAACGUUGCGAUAAAUGUGUUUUGCUUUACAAUAAAUAUAUAGACUGCUUUAA